UAUUGAGUCUUGUCAACUAGACACUACAGUCGGUCUUGGCUAAUAACUUAUCUAAAACUUGCACUUUGGAGAUUACGUUGACAGCAUUUCAGAUGGGCUGCUAUGUACGAAACCUUUACGGUCAUACGAGGCUUCAAACAAACAUUUGGUGUGAUAAGUCGAGCGGCUGGGACGCAGCCAGUUGCUAGCUCGCUAGCUAGCUAAGUUAGCUGAUAGCUAGCGCCGGAUUGUCCCACCGCGGAGCACCUCGCUCUUACCUCCCGUUGCCGUGGAGAGAUAGCAGCAGCCGGAUGGACGGAGAGCGAAGAUAGUGAAAACUGUAGAGAAAGUGGCGGUCCACCCGACCCCACUAAAGAAAUGAACUCCUUGUUCCGGAGCGGACGGUGGCUUAAUGAGCAGAGGUUGAACGGUGCAGGGUCAUAUUGUCUUACAGCUAUGCAGUGGGGAAAUAGUGUAUGCAAAUGUGGGGAGUCUCUCUCAAUUUAUGACCCCUCGCCCGAUACCACAGUCAAGCUGGCAGGAAUUAUAAUUUUGAUUUCCGGUUUUACUGUACCUACAAAAAAUACCAAAGCUAAAUUUAAACACUGGUGAAAGUGGUGAAAAGUCAAAUGAAAGCCAAGGCUAUAUUUAACAAAAUCAUUUGGAAAUUAAAAUACAAACAAUGCCCAUAUGUGUCUCUAGUUUACGGCGCAUUAGGGGGGACUAUUUUUUUUCAACAAUUAAAUUGUUUGUCCCUUUAUUUUGUUUAGCUCUAGAACAACGUGUCACUAAAUCUGUCCACCUUGACGCAGCACCACCCAACAUAAGGGCGUUUGUCUGCAGACACGCUACAAGCUGCCUUUCUCAUUUGCAGGCAUUUACUGAAGAAUUAUAAGACAAGGGCACAAAAACAAUAAUUAUAAUGAUGACAAUAAUAUUAAUAAUAAUGGAAAAAACAACAACAAAAUACCUUCAGUUUUCCAAUCUAGCAGUCUGUUUUUUGGACCAAACAAAUCCCAUAGCCCCCACAUUGGAUGAGAUGCUGUGUGAUUGCUCAGGAAUCCCUCACAAUUGUCUCCUUUUCACCAAAACGCAGUGGACAUGUCUUGUUAUUGAUUGUAAUGAAACUACUCAUGAAGCAAAAUUAAUGUAACUGUCUAAAAACAACACUUGUUUCCAUUAACCAUCCAAAUCAUUCAAAGCUGCGGACUCCUAAUUUAAAGGGUUGUUAGUAUUGCUGGAACCACUGAGAAUCAACAUGCAGCACAAUGAGGCAUUCUGUGUCUUGAAGCUUCCUUGUUUGAACAAGACACUAGAAUUGUAUAUUUUACAGAAGAAGAGCUUGCAAGGAAGACUUCCGCACACUGUCUAACUUGCAAAAAGUACUACAAAAAGUGCACUUGGUAUUACCCUAUCUUGUAAGUCAUGUACACAGACAAAACCUAUAAUCCAACAAUAAUCCAAACUUGGCUUUAUUUCUCAACUCCACACAGCUGGCCGAUCACUGCAUCAAGUUGGUGUCGAAUUUCCAAUUACAGAAACAUACAGAAAUUGUCAAUGGCAGCUAACGUUUCCCAUUCACAUUUUUUCCAUCUAUGGUGUUGAAUAGAAGAUGCCUUCUCCCAUUACUUUUCAGAUGAUUUGAUGUCACAUUUUCCGCCCAGCGCCGCUUGCCAGCUUUCUCCAUUUUGCGUUGACAAAGAGAAAAACAAUCACCUAGAGUGGGCAGCAGGGGCACUGGAUUGGAUGGACUUCAGGAAUGCAGCCUACUGGAGUGCUAUAUAUGAUCUGUUUUAGAGAUGAUGGGCCAUGCCGCAGACCCCCUCAAUGCUGGACGAUGUAUAAAAAACUUCAUGGAGAAGCAGCACUCUGAGAGUGCAAACUGGACCCCGAAGUUAUCGUUGCUCCAUCUUAGAAAAAGUAGAAUAAAUUAGUAUAGUAGUAAUAUGUGCUACAUGGAGCUGUGCAGCUGCAUCAAUGACCUCAAAAAGCCAGUAGUUUUUGACGGUAUUGUGUAACGAUGGAAUUAAUAUCAAUUGUUUGCACAAACAAAAUCUUACAGAGCUUUAGAGAUUGGUUGAUCUUUUUUCCUAUCUUUGGACUGAGCCAGGCUAGGUGUUUAACCCUGCUUCCAGUCUUUAUGCUAAGCUAAACUGUGUUUCCCUGGCUGCAGCUUCCCAUUUAACAGACAAAUAUGAGAGUGGUAUUGAUCAAUCUAUCUAACCCUCAACAAGAAUGUAAAUAUGGGUAUUUCCCAAAAUGUCAAACUAUUUCUUUAAAUGUCUUUUACUGAACAUAGAGUCAAUUUUAAACAGCACUGGGCUUAUGCAUGAAUAAGUAUCUAGCAAGCUCUCCGCCUCUCUCUGUCUCUCUCCUGAUGGUUAAUCAAGGUGUUUGCUAUUGCCAACUCAACAAGUGACUGUAGCAGAAGAAUGAGUCUGUGUUUGCUUUGUUCAGUUUUCUUCCCUCCCCUUCAACCUGUGCCAAGAAGGCAGCAGUAAGUAGUACUAUAUGAAAGAGCCUCUGUACCUGAUUUGCUCAGUUCAGUUUGUGUCCGAGUCAUCUGUAUUUGAGCACUCAGCAGAGUGUGUGCUACAUUUUCGGGUAUUUGUGGCCUCUUUUUCUUCAAGGUGGUCCAACCUAACAUCUGAAGUAACACCAUGAACUGGGCCUUCCUUGAGGGCCUCCUCAGCGGGGUGAACAAAUACUCCACAGCGUUCGGUCGCAUCUGGCUCGCCAUCGUUUUCAUCUUCCGGCUCUUGGUCUUCCUGGUGGCUUGCGAGAAGGUCUGGGGUGACGAGCAAAAGGACUUUGAUUGCAACACCCGGCAGCCUGGUUGUCACAAUGUCUGCUACGACCACUACUUCCCCAUCUCCUACACCCGACUCUGGGCUCUGCAGCUGAUCUUUGUCACCUGCCCGUCCCUUCUUGUGACGCUCCACGUGUCCUACCGAAAAGAACGUGAGCGCAAACAUCAGCUGAAGCACGGGGAAAACUGUACCCCACUGUACGAUGACACAGGGAAGAAGCGAGGGGGUCUUUGGUGGACCUACUUUUUUAGCCUGCUGUUUAAGAUAACGGUGGAUGCUGUGUUUGUCUUCCUGCUGUUCUACAUCUACGAGGCCACUUUCUUCCCACCGUUGGUGAAAUGCAACGAAGAGCCAUGUCCCAAUGUGGUGGACUGCUACAUUGCCAGGCCCACAGAGAAGAAAAUAUUCACCAUCUUCAUGGUGGUAACCAGCUUUGUGUGCAUCUUCCUCUCUCUUUGCGAGAUCUGCUACCUGUGUGGGAAGAGGUUCUGGGAGUGCUGCACAGGAAGACCUCGAUACGCUAGAGAAAGCUCCUUCAUGAUGACCAGAACUCCUCUGACUGGGAAGCAGAACUCGGUGUACAAAGAGCCUGUCCUGGAGAAGGCCAGCGUGGUUGACAAUGGAGAAGUCGGCAAAGAGAGUUCAGCCCCAGCGUACAGCAUAGCAGUCUCAUGAGAGACACGCAUCAUGUUAAUGAGUUUGAGACUAGAACUAGAAAGUAAAAACUAUGUUAGGUGGCUUUUGUACUGUUGAACGAUGAGUGGUUUUUAAGAAAAUGUUGUUUACAGACGUCAUGUCUUCUUUAAAAAUAUCAAAAGGAUGUAACGUUUUUGUCCCUUAAUAUUGUUGAGCUGACCAUCUGUGUAUUCUUUUUAGAGGCUUGUGAUCUAAAAUAACACUAAAGUUGAUUUACUGCAUUUUGACUAUUUAUAUGAUUAUUUGUUACAUGAGAUUAUUUUGUUAUCUAUAUGGCCACAAAAUAAAAUUGCUUUACUGAG